GGAACCGGGCUCCUUCCUGGGCAUGGACUACUACCACAGACCCCCGGGACUGGGGCCGGACAAGGGGGGGCUGCUGCCGGCGGUAGGAGGACUCCAGCGGCCGUUCGGAGGGUCCCUGGUAACGGGCAGACACUGGAGCGGAUCCAGCCACUCCAUAGAAACAGAAAGCACCAGUUCUGGAGAGGACCUGCUGGUGCCCAGCCCCCCCUCCCCUCCACCCCCUCCUCGCAUCUACAAGCCCUGCUUUGUGUGUCAGGACAAGUCUUCAGGAUAUCACUAUGGAGUCAGCGCCUGUGAGGGCUGCAAGGGCUUCUUUCGGAGGAGCAUCCAGAAAAACAUGGUGUACACAUGUCACAGGGACAAAGUGUGUGUCAUAAACAAGGUGACGAGGAACCGCUGCCAGUCCUGUCGGCUGCAGAAAUGCCUCGACGUGGGCAUGUCCAAAGAGCUUGUCCGCAAUGACAGAACCAAGAAGAAGAAGGAGGAGAAGAGGCCGCUGGAGGCGGAGCUUUACGUUCUGUCAGCGGACACAGAGGAGAUGAUUGACAGAGUCCGACGAGCUCAUCAGGACACGUUUCCUUCACUGUGUCAGCUGGGAAAAUACACCACGAAUAACAGCUCGGAGCACCGUGUGGCUCUGGACGUCAGUCUGUGGGAUAAGUUCAGUGAACUGUCCACCAAAUGCAUCAUAAAGACAGUGGAGUUCGCCAAACAGCUGCCUGGCUUCACCACGCUGACCAUCGCAGAUCAGAUCACGCUGCUCAAAGCCGCCUGCCUCGACAUUCUAAUUCUGCGGAUCUGUACCCGGUACACUCCAGACCAGGACACCAUGACCUUCUCUGACGGUCUGACCCUGAACCGGACCCAGAUGCACAAUGCCGGGUUCGGGCCCCUCACAGACCUGGUGUUCUCCUUCGCCAACCAGCUCCUCCCACUGGAGAUGGACGACGCCGAGACGGGCUUACUGAGCGCCAUCUGCCUGCUGUGUGGAGACCGCCAGGACCUGGAGGAGGCCGAGAAGGUGGACGUUCUCCAGGAGCCCAUGCUGGAGGCCCUGAAGAUCUAUGUGAGGAGGAGGAGGCCUGAGAAACCCUGCAUGUUCCCCAAGAUCCUGAUGAAGAUCACAGACCUGAGGAGCAUCAGUGUCAAAGGUGCAGAAAGAGUCAUCACCCUGAAAAUGGAGAUCCCUGGCGCCAUGCCGCCGCUCAUCCAGGAGAUGCUGGAAAACUCCGAGGGUGAAGGUCAGAAGGGUCACGGAACGGGCGGAGGGAAAGGACGAGGAGGAGGAGGGGGCGGAGCCAGAGAGAAUGGCCAAUCAGAGCUCAGGAGUUGUCACCCAUCACCAAACUCACCCCCCUCCCCCGGGCCGAGCUCGUCGCCCUGCCGCCCCUCCCCCUCCACGUGAACACGUAGACUCUCAACGCCACACACAGCGCCACCUAGGGGACGACGAGCGGUACUACAAGACGAGCAUCCACACAGGAGGUGGACUGGAACACACAAACUACACACAUUCAGAAAAGACCGUCACCGUCUGGGUCAGUUACACGGAGUUGGAGGUGGACGGGUUUGGAAUGUGUCAUUGAACGCAUCACAGUCCAACGUACGUCUGAGGACUGAGGGGACGUGUGACACUUUAGACUCGUGGGUUUUAUAGAUGAAGUGCAAAGACAAUGAGCAGGUUCUGCCUUUUCAUGGUUGGACACAGUCCUAUUAUAUCACCUUUUUAAACAGUGAAACAAAUACCUCCAACAUAUGGACCAUGACUUACAUCUAAGGGUGAAAAGAGGAGACGUGUCCACACUGAGGAUGACGAGGCUUCUCAUAUAUUUCCUAUUAACUCCUGUGUAAUAUGCAAAAUGACAUGUAAUAUAUUGUCCAAACGAUGGAAAACAUGUGACAGAAGACUUCAGACUGAGACACGCUGAUAAAAGAAGUUAUUUUCCUAAAUGUACAUGUGUAAAUAUCUAAUGUUUAUCCUGUAUUUAUGCAGAUGUCAAAGGUUCUUCCUCCGUUUCCACCCAAACACGGCCUUUAACCCUCGAACCCUUGAGCAUCCACCAGGUCAGUGGUGAACCAGCGGACAGCGAGGUUUAGUCAAA